CUCCUGCUAUUAGCCUUGUUUUUUGCAUAUGCAGAUGUUGAUGUGCCGGUAAUUGGUGGCCAUGCUGGCAUCACUAUCCUCCCACUCUUUUCUCAGGCCACACCAAAAGCCAACUUGCCUGAUGAUGACAUAGAAGCUCUUACUAAGAGAACACAGGAUGGAGGAACAGAAGUUGUUGAAGCAAAAGCUGGAAAGGGAUCUGCAACACUAUCAAUGGCCUAUGCUGGAGCUGUUUUCGCUGAUGCUUGCAUAAAGGGGCUUAAUGGAGUCCCAGACAUUGUCGAGUGUUCUUUUGUGCAAUCGAGUGUCACAGAAUUACCUUUCUUUGCCUCCCAGGUAAAGCUGGGAAAGAAUGGUGUUGAGAAAGUCUAUGGACUUGGUCUACUUUCUGAAUUUGAGAAACAGGGUCUUGAGAAACUCAAGCCAGAGCUCAAAGCAUCUAUUGAGAAGGGAAUCAAGUUUGCCAACCAAAAUUAAGUAGAUUAAUUAGAAGAUUCUCACAUUCAAGAUUCCUGGUUUUGUGUUGCUGUUUAUAGUUUUGCUUUCAUCCAACAGAUAAUUGUAUUUUGCUGUGGGGUUUGUAAAGUGAUUAUAAUGUAAUCCAAAACUAAACUCUACUAAUCUGCUGAUA